CUCCGCCCCAAAGCCGCAAAAUGGCGGACACAAUGAGCCAGAAUUGCCGCCGCCUUCUCCCCGCCGCCUGAGGUGGAAUCCCGCCCGAGGGCACAGUCGCUUCGGCCCUUCGCCGGCCCGGCCUUCUCCUCCCGCCUUUCCCCUUCUCCUCCCGCCCGUAGGUUUAGUAGCCCUGCCCGACUCCGCUUCCCUCACCUUGGUCGGCGCGCAGGCCCCGCCGGCUCCCUUUCCCCGCGGAGGAGGAGGCGGCGGCGGCAUGAAGCUGACGGACAACGUGCUGCGGAGCUUCCGCGUGGCCAAAGUGUUCCGCGAGAACUCGGACAAGAUCAACUGCUUCGACUUCAGCCCGAAUGGCGAGACGGUCAUCUCCAGCAGCGACGACGACUCCAUCGUGCUCUACGACUGCCAGGAGGGAAAUUUGCCUUGUUGUUGUUUCCAUACAGAUACUAUCAGAUACCUUUCUCUUCAUGACAAUAAAUACAUUAGAUACUUUCCAGGACAUAGCAAGAGAGUUGUUGCUUUAUCUAUGUCUCCAGUGGAUGAUACCUUUAUAUCUGGCUCACUUGAUAAGACUAUCAGACUUUGGGAUCUUCGGUCACCAAAUUGUCAGGGUCUGAUGCAUCCACAAGGAAAACCUGUAUGCUCAUUUGAUCCAGAGGGGCUGAUUUUUGCAGCUGGGGUGAAUUCUGAAAUGGUGAAACUUUAUGAUCUUCGCUCCUUUGAUAAGGGUCCAUUUGCUACCUUUAAGAUGCAAUAUGACCGAACCUGUGAGUGGACUGGCCUGAAGUUCAGCAAUGAUGGAAAACUUGUUCUUCUUUCAACUAAUGGAGGAAUCAUACGGCUCAUUGAUGCCUUUAAAGGAGCAGUUCUUCAUACAUUUACA